AUGAUGAAUGAGAGAACUGAAAAUUUAUUUAAUAAUUCUCAAAGGCAAAAUUUUCAAAGAGAAAAAACGAUGGUGAGCAAAGCUGUCAUUUUGGUCGGAGGCCCUGGAAAGGGAACUCGAUUCCGACCACUUUCGCUGGAUAUUCCAAAGCCGCUCUUCCCCAUUGCUGGCCUUCCGCUUGUCCAGCAUCAUAUUGAGAGCUGUGCCUCGAUUGACACUAUCAAGGAGAUCAUCCUCAUCGGAUACUUUCAACCGACCGAGCAACUCAAUCGAUUUAUUCGAGAAAUGAAGGAUGAAUACAAACUCAAUAUCAGAUAUCUUCAGGAAUACUCGCUCCUCGGAACAGCAGGAAGUAUCUACCUCUUCCGAGAUCUGAUCCUGACCUCCAACACCGAAGCCUUCUUUUUGAUCUUCUGCGACAUCUUCUGCGACCUCCGCGGGGUCCUUUCCAACAUGAUCGCAUUCAGAGAAAAGUGGAUGAAAUACCUUGUUAUGGGCGUCCAGGUGGAAAACGAGCAGAGUAUGAACUACGGAUGCAUGGGCGUCAACUCUCAGACAAACGAGGUCGUUCAUUACAUCGAAAAACCAUCAAGCUUUGUGUCCAAUCACAUCAACGGCGGAGUCUAUCUUCUCUCCACCGAAGUCUUUGACGACAUCUCAAAGAUUUUCGCCGAACGAGUUGGAACUGGAAACGACUCGAUCUCGCUUGAGUCGGAUAUUUUGAGCCAACAAGCCGGGCAAGGAAAAGUUUUUGCUUUCAUGAAUGAAGCCUUUUGGAUGUCGAUCAAGUCUGCUGGAUCAGCUGUUUAUGCAUCAAGAAUAAUGAUGGAGAUGUACAAAAAAUACCACCCCAACCGCCUCUCAACCGACUCCAACUGCGAAGGAAACGUCUACAUCCACCCUAGCGCAAAAGUCCAUCCCUCUGCAAAACUCGGCCCUCAUGUCUCCAUUGGCUCCAACGUCGUGAUUGAAGAGGGUGCUCGAGUAAAGAACUCGAUCAUUUUGGACGGAACGAUUAUCAAAAAGCACGCCUGCAUUUUAAACAGUAUCGUUGGAUGGCAGAGCACCGUUGGCUCGUGGACCCGAGUCGAAGGGACCCCGACGCAACUUCACCCCGAUCGACCUCACGCCACAACUGACAAUUUCUAUCUUUUCGAUGACAAUGGAAAACUUCUCCCAACCAUCACAAUUCUUGGUCGAGAUACAAUUACGCCCGACGAAACCAUCAUUCGAAAUGCGAUCAUUCUCCCUGGAAAAGAACUUCAUGGAAUGAAGCUCGGCCUCCAGAACCAGAUCCUUCUGUAA